AUGGCGGGCACUGGACCAGAUCCAGGUCCAUCAGUUCUCGCCUGUUUGUACAGAUCCGCAUAUGAUGAAGAAAACCCGGAGGAUGGGACCUGCUUCAAGACGAACUCGAGAAGCAAAGAAGUUCAUUCAAGCGACAUCCCAUACUGUCACACAGCAAUUACACGAUUCACGAAAUGGAGUCGUAGGGACAGACACAAAAUGAUCAGAGCGCUGACCAAAAGGCAUUGCCUAAACGCUGUCAUUAAAGCUCACUGUGAGCAAUUCGCAAAUGAAGAAAUUGAUCAUGGUGAUGUUAUGGAGUGCCUUCUUAACAACAAGGACCAACCGGAAAUGACGUCGAAAUGUCGUUCGUAUGUAAACCACUUCGAAUUGAUCUCUCUCCGAGAUUAUCACUUCUCUUAUAAGUUCGAAAAAGCUUGCUCUGCCGAUAUCGACAAGCACUGCCCCGAUCAUGGCAACGACAAGGGUGAAAUAAUUCGUUGCUUGUCCGAAGUGCGUUUUGAACAUAAAGUUCUUGGAACGACCGCCGAUUUGUCGGAACCAUGCAAACACCAGUUGAAGGUCGCCUAUCUGCAACAAGAACAGGUAGAAGUGAGUUAG